UAUUGAAAGCAGUAAGUUAAAAGAGUUGUAAUUGACGAUGUGUUUGUAAAAGUGUUCUCACUUACUUUAUUUUACUCCCUGAGUAAUAGACACCAUCGCCUUGUUCUUCGUCAAUCAUCAUUAUUUCCGCACUCUUGUGGCAGAAUUUGGAGGUGAGAGGAGGUGAGCGACGGGCGCCAUUAUAAGGUGGUGCGUGUGGACUGGGGCUCACUAGCCAAUUAUUACCACAACACAGCCCUGGACGGCACUUUCAUGAUUUUAUUCAGUUGGCACAAGGGACACAUAUCCCCCAGAAAUUGUAUAUUAUCAGUGGAGCCGUUGGGAGGCUUGCUGACUCAAUCUUGUAUGUGUGCGUGCGCCUCAGAUUUUCCCCUUGAUAUUAGAAAUAGGCAGUUUUCUAGCAACCGGCAUCGUAAACUGCAGCCAUUCAGGACUUCGUGACUUGACCAAGCCACCCACCCAAAAAUCAAUCAUCCCAUUGCUUACAGGCACUAGCCGUAUCUUGUGUGCUUUAUUUCGUUGUAGUAGCUGUUGUCCACCACUGGACACACAUAAUCCACUUAUGCUGUACAUAGACAACAAGACCCCAACAGAAAGGAGAAAAAGGCAAGAGGAUCGUCAUCCCUCAAGCAAACAUCUGCUACCUAAACUCUGAAUGUGGCUCUCCAUAUUUCUACCCACUGGCACAGCUUCCCAUAGCAAUUGCUGUGGAGUGAACCAGCUGCAUGAAACACCAGUUCAUUGAAUCCCAGGUUGCUGACUCUUGCUCUGCUUAGGAGACUCUUAUCUUGGACUUGACAUAACUCUUCACAUCCCAGGCAAUUUAAUAUUAUCUGCUGCUUUGCUAGAGGAAGACUCAACUACCAACCAUCAAGAUGAGUUACAACGUAAAUCGCAGCGUCAUGGACGCUUUCUACCGCUACAAGAUGCCAAAAAUUAUGGCCAAGGUUGAAGGAAAAGGCAAUGGUAUAAAGACUGUUGUUGUUAAUAUGGUUGAUGUUGCUAAAGCACUUGGACGACCACCUACAUAUCCUUGCAAGUAUUUUGGCUGUGAGCUAGGAGCCCAGACACAGUUUGACACCAAAAAUGAUAGAUACAUUGUGAAUGGUUCUCACGAAGCAACAAAGCUUCAAGAUUUGUUGGAUGGUUUCAUAAAGAAAUUUGUUCUGUGUCCUGAAUGUGAAAAUCCUGAGACUGUACUUUUCCCAAAUGAGAAGAAAGGGAUAAUUAAACAGUCUUGCAAGGCUUGUGGUUAUCAGGGAUUGCUCGACAUGCGCCACAAGCUCACCACAUUCAUACUUAAAAACCAUCCAGAUAUAAAGCCUAAUCAACCUGGCACUGCUCUAACUAAGAGGAAGGAACGGGCAAAGAAGACAGAGAAUGGCCAGAAAGAUUCUCUGCGUCCUAAUUCCCCACGUGCUGACAAAUCUGAUGCAUCCGACAACGACAUGAAUGGUGAUCCUGAAGAUGUAAGUUUUUUUUUCUUGUAUGAUGUUGUAAUAAGAGGGGCCUACAAGUCAGGACGAAAGAUCGCUCCAUUAUCACUCUCCCAGGCUUUGCUGGUGUUUGAUACGCAUAUAUACAAGACUAAAACAACCUGCACUGCUCUAACUAAGAGGAAGGAACGGGCAAAGAAGACAGAGAAUGGCCAGAAAGAUUCUCUGCGUCCUAAUUCCCCACGUGCUGACAAAUCUGAUGCAUCCGACAACGACAUGAAUGGUGAUCCUGAAGAUUACUAUAAAUUUGUUAACAAAUUUCAGAUUCCUCAAUAUCGAAUCCUUCUCCUCCUCUUUACCCAUGGAAAUCCCAAGAGUCAAAAGUACUUCAUUGGUGCUGUUGAGAAACUGAUUGAACUGAAUAAGGAUCUGUUGCUUCCCAAGGUUCCCAUGAUUUUAAAGGCAAUGUAUGACCAUGAUAUUGUUGAAGAAGAGGUGUUACUAGACUGGGGAAAGAAGAUUUCAAAGAAAUAUGUGACAAAGGAAACUGCUGCAGAGAUUCAUGCCAAAGCUCAGCCUUUCUUGAAAUGGCUGCAGGAAGCUGAAGAGGAGGAAACCACUGAAGAGGAGGAAGAUGACGUUGAGUUUGAUCCUCGUGCAUUGAGCCAAUCUCUAAAAGAACAAGAGGCUAAGAUUGCAGGAGAUACAAAACCAAUUGUAGCGGAAGCUCCCAAAAUUGUUGGUCCUGGGGAAGAGGAUGAGGAUGAUGAUGAUGAUGACGACAGUGACUUAGACAUUGACAACUUGUAAACCUGAGGACUUCAUUUAAGGGCUAAUGGUCAUCAGGAAUACCCCCUUUUUUUUUUUUUUUUUUUUUUUUUUUUUU